GUUUUAACGUCUGAUCAUUUCUCCAGCUGCUUUUUUCCAAGACUGCAUAUCUGAGCAGGAUCUGGAUGAGAUGAACAUCGAGAUCAUCCGUAACACUCUGUAUAAGGCUUAUCUGGAGGCUUUCUACAAGUUCUGCUCCACUCUGGGAGGAACCACCGGUGACACCAUGUGCCCUAUUCUAGAGUUUGAGGCGGACAGGAGGGCCUUCAUCAUCACCAUCAACUCAUUUGGUACCGAACUGUCUAAGGAGGACCGUGCCAAGCUGUUCCCCCACUGUGGCAAGCUGUACCCUGAGGGGCUGGCUCAGCUUGCCCGCGCUGACGACUACGAACAGGUCAAAGCUGUGGCCGACUACUACCCUGUAAGUUAUACUACUAUUACUACUACCCUGUAAGUUAUACUACGAUUACUACUACCCUGU